AGGAAUUGAGAUCACCGCUUCGCCCCAUUAUUUGAUGGCAAAAGCUGGAAGGGGUAUUCACACUCUGUCUUCUUCUUCCUCUUCUUCUGCAAUUGCUGGUUCUUCCAAUAAAAAAUCUGGGCCGUCUUCUUCUUCUUCUGAUUCAGCUCUCUCCGACGAUUUCGGGAAGAAAGAGAAGAAAAUGAAGGGAAGGAGCGGGAACAAGCAUCCCGUGUACAGAGGCGUGCGGAUGCGAAGCUGGGGGAAAUGGGUGUCGGAGAUUCGCCAGCCGCGGAAGAAGGCCCGAAUUUGGCUCGGGACUUACCCGACGCCGGAAAUGGCUGCCCGGGCUCACGACGUGGCGGCGCUGGCGAUUAAGGGCGACUCCGCCAUCCUCAACUUCCCCCAUCUCGUCGACUCCCUCCCCCGCCCGGAAUCCGCCUCGCCAAGCGACGUCCAAGCGGCGGCCGCUAAGGCCGCCGCCAUGGACGAGCUUCAGCCGUUGUGCUCGUCCUCAUCAGCGGCAGCGUCCGAUGAUCUCGGCGAGAUCAUCGAGCUGCCCAGCCUGGACGGGGUGAGUUUUGACUCGCCCCAGUCCAAGGGGCAAUUGGGUGUUUUCGAGUUUUCGGACGGGUGGGGGUUUCCGCAGUGGUGGUUGCCGACCGAUGAUUUCUCCGGGCACUUUCUUGAUCCGCCGCCGGGAGGAGAGGCUGUUAAUCCGGUCAGCUGCUUUGAGACGCUCAACUGGUCUUCUAAUUAGCUUGAUUAAUCACAUUAAUAAUGGAUUUCAUUUCUUUUUGUGAAUGAAUGUAUUUGAUUACUUUUUUGUCUUUAGUGUUUGAUUUAUAUCCACAAUCAAUCUCAUUUUUCUAUAUGUAAUUUUUCAACAUAUAUAUAUUGUAUUAUAUACUGUAAGAUCAUAAUAUCUUUUUUAUUAUUACGAUCAUAAUAUCUUGUUAUAACAAAAAAAAACAAUAUACUCCCUAAUUCCUUUUUCUCCAAGUAUAUUAUAUAUAAAGCUAAAUUGUGAUUCUA